AUGUUUUCAAAAACCUUUUCUCGCUCCUUCCGUCAAUCCACAACCGGUCGGCACGUUUUUCGGCGGAGGAUCGCGUCGCAGCACACAGAUGCGGCCGACGUUACCUUGAAGGAACACUGCGUGCAAGCCGCACCGGUGCCACCCUUGACGAUCGACAUUGACAGUCCUCAAGAGUUCCUACGUCAUGCCACGUCGUCUGAUUCAAUUCCCCUGCAUAUUCACCGGCCGUCUUCGACUGGUAAGUCGAGGGCGCACGAGUUGCUCCGCCGGCUUCGCGAGGCAGAAGACAGGAUCAUAGACGUCGAGCUAGGACGCUAUGACGACGCCACGGCUGGAUCAUUUGAACACAUCAGCCUGCCACUCGGCCAGUACCUCAAUUGGAUCGAGAGCGACCAAUCGAACGGCGGUAAAGUCGCAGGGCGACAGCUCUACCUCGCGCAAUGGCGGGCAAGCGACGACAUACCGGCUCUUGCACAGCUCAUACAGCCGCCUCCGCUUCUCGCUCCAUUACUCAAAGACGUCCCUGUGAAAGCUGACUUGUAUCAGACAAGCUUCUUCAUCGGGCCCGCAGGCGCCGUCACGCCUCUCCAUUAUGACCCAUACUUCAAUCUCUACCAUCUGUACGCCUCCGCAAAUCCUGAACGUCACGCGAAGCACAUUUUUCUCCUCCCUCCUCACGCCUCGGAGUUCGUGAAGCGCGCCGAUGGGCAACACGCCCUGCGAAACACGUCUUCCAUCGGCCUCUCGCUCGCGACAUCUCAGAACGGAGACGCGUUCGCUAUCAUGGCAGCACCCGAUACACCUGGCCGUUCCGUGGAAGCGAUGUCGACUUCCGGAUUCUGCUGUAUCCUGAGGGAAGGGGAGACGUUGUUCAUACCCAAAGGAUGGUGGCACCGCGUGGAGAACGUCGUCCUGGGGCACGAUCAGCAACCAUCGAACUCCGGAUGGACCGCCGGGAUUGGGUGGUGGUGGCUACCGCGCGCAAAUCCCUCUCGUAUCCCAUAGACGGUGUCAAUACCGUUCAUGCACAUCCGACAUCCUCGAGACCGUGACUCAUUUAUGGGGCGCUCUCAUACGAUUUGUACACUCCAUACGAGCAUACUACCGGGCCGCUUCUCCCCGAAGACGUGCUGCCAAAAGGUAUCUGUGAGCUUUGCUUCCACCUUGACCCUUGUCUCAGCAAACUCGGCGCCUUCCGCCUCGGUCAAGACCUUCUUCCAGAGAAUUGGCCAGGAUCGCUCUGAAUGACCAUAGCGUGUCC